UAGCAGCAACGCUCUUAUAUCCGUUAGCAUGACUGAGACAGCAGCAACUCUAGCUCCAACAGCUGAGGCUCCUGCAGCCCAGGCUUCACCGAAGAAGACCAAGACCUCGAAGAAAGUCGGAGUAGCGAAGAAGCUGGCGACCAAGCCGAAUCAUCCACCGACUGGUGAGAUGGUCAACGCCGCCAUCAUUGCUCUCAAGGACAAGAAGGGAUCUUCUCUUCAGGCCAUCAAAAAAUACAUCGCUGGUAACUACAAGGUCAAUGUAGACAAACAGUCCAUCUUUAUCAAGAAGUACAUCAAGUCCGCCGUUACCAAAAAAACCAUUGUUCAAACCAAGGGAACUGGAGCCGCCGGUCGUUUCAAGAUCGCCGCUAAAUCCGAGGGUGAGAAGAUUGCUAAGAAACCAGUUGCAACGAAAAAACCAGUUGCCGCCAAAAAGCCUGUAGUUCCCAAGAAAGCUAAGGCAGUAGCUAAGCCUAAAGAUGACGCGGUGAAGAAACCAACUGCCGCCCAGAAGCCUGCUGCAGCCAAGAAACAGACCGCAGCGAAGAAGGCUCCAGCUAAACCCAAAGUGGCAAAACCAGUAAAAGCAAAGACCACGAAAACUCCAACAAAGCCUAAGGCACCCAAGCCCAAGAAGGCUGCAGCACCAAAGGCUAAGGCCGCUCCCAAGAAAUAAAUCUUUUUAUAAACCAGUCCUUCUCAGGACUACUAUAAUCGGCCCUUUUCAGGGCCACCAUUUUUUUUUAACGUAUAACAAACUUAUUGCGUUGAACAUAUAUAUUAUUUUCAAGGAUGAAGAAUCUAAUAGAAAAACUAAAUAUAA